AUGUCUCCGGCUCCCACAUCUACUCCUUCUACAUGGACACCCAGCAUGAAAUACCUACCAGGUCGAGACCGCACCCACAAUCAUGAGCGGACUCUACUGGAGCAGUACGCAGACGAGUCGAUUGUUACCUUCUGGCGAACUUUCAAAGGCAAGCCGGCAAAUUACAACCAUGACAUUGACGUUGCUACCACGGUCAAGAUCUCCAAUGCCAUCGACCUUGUCGAUGCCAACCCCCAUGUACUUAGCCAGGUGAUCUGGGGUCUUACCCAUCCUAAUGACGUACACCAUGGUGUUCAAGACAUCGUUAGUAAUCAGGCUUUAAUCGACAUUCUUCUUAUCCGCCACUUCAAAAUGCACGGCGGUCUGGUACUGCCACCACUUGCAGGCGCACGCGGUGUACAGGAUUUUUUCGAGAAGUUGGCUGAGAAGGAGAAAGCCGAGGGCAAGAAAUGGGCUGAGGGAAACAGGACGAUGAUGCGCUACCCCAACUGGCGCGACACCAAGGACGCCAGUGUGGCGGAGAGGGGCGGUACGAGUGCGGGUGCUGCCAGGGGCAGGGGAUACGGCAAGGGCAGGGGAGGCAUGGGUGGGGGCUAUUAG